AUGGCUGUAUCUGCGAGUCUUAUGGCAACGGCCAUCUCGUCCACAAAGUUCACGUGGCCCGGAGCGUCCAAGAUGUUCACCACUCUGGAGGUUUGUUUGAAAUCGGGCAUUAAUAAUGUUAUACUGGACGUCUUGAUGGACAGUCCUCUUUUGAUCUCUAUGGUAUGGUUGUCUGUGUAUCUCAUGGGUUUGAAGUCCUUGGCAAAUGGCGUAUCCAAGUUAUGCGUUUCAUGGACCAACAUGUCUAGAAAAGCGGUUUUCCCAGAAUGA